UUCAUUCAGUCUACAUUUCCUCUGCUACAGUGAUCGUUAUCAUGUCAUCAAAAAAGCUGAUAAAUUCGGUGGAAAGAUGCGUUGACGAGGCAUUAGAAGGGUUGGUAUUCAUAAACCCCGGUCUACAGAUUUUGCAGGGACACAGAGUCGUGGUCCGCAGUGACGUAGAAGAUGUCAUCAAAGCUGGAAAAGUAACCCUCCUCUGUGGAGGAGGGUCUGGACAUGAACCGGCACAUGCAGGCUACAUUGGCUCUGGAAUGCUGUCAGCAGCUGUAGCUGGGGCAGUGUUUACCUCCCCUCCUCCCAGCAGCAUACUAGCAGCCCUCAGGUCUAUCACUAGGGCAGGGGCAGCUGGUUCUUUGAUCAUUGUGAAGAAUUACACUGGGGACAGACUGAACUUUGGCCUGGCAGCAGAAAGGGCAAAGGCUGAGGGGUUAAAGGUCAACAUGGUUGUUGUUGGAGAGGACUGUGCCCUUACAUCUGCUGACAAAACUGCAGGCAGACGAGGACUUUGUGGCACAGUUUUUAUUCAUAAGAUUUGUGGUGCAUUAGCAGAAGAAGGAAAAAGCUUGGAAGAAAUCCAUCAGGUGGCUAGUAAUGCUGCCAAAAAUAUGGGCACCAUCGGAGUUAGUUUGACUCCCUGCAGUCUUCCAGGGGCAGGGCCAUCAUUUGAACUGAAGAGUGAUGAAAUGGAGUUAGGGUUAGGUAUACAUGGGGAAGCUGGUGUCAAAAGGACAAAACUUGUAUCAGCCAAAGAAGUUGUUACAAUGAUGCUGGAUCACAUGACAAACCCCAAAACAUCAACUCACAUUAACCUAAAAAAAGGUGACAAAGUGGCAUGUAUGAUUAACAAUCUUGGUGGGACUUCAGUUUUAGAAAUGAGCAUCAUUGCCAGAGAGGCUAUUCAGCAGUUAGAGAGUAGAGGUGUAGCAGUGGAGCGGGCUUACUGUGGAUCCUUGAUGACAUCACUAGAAAUGGCAGGGGUUUCAAUUACAUUGUUACAUCUGGAUGACACAAUCAGGCGCUGCUUGGAUGCCAAAACCACAGCUCCCGGCUGGCCGGUGCCAAUGUUGCCUGUGGGAAAAUCAACACGCGAGAAUCCUGCAGUAAUGCCUUACAACCAGAAAGAUGAGGCUGUGAAGUCUAGUAAUGCUGUCAGUGUACCCAAAGAGACAGCUGACAUGCUGUAUGACAUGUUAAGAAAGUCCAUGGAAAAACUGAUAUCCUCAGAGGAGGAACUCAACAACCUGGACAAGGAGAGUGGGGAUGGGGAUUGUGGGUCAACACUGGCCAGGGGGGCCAAAGGUGUUUUACAAAAUCUGGGACCAAAGAAUAAUCCAAGUCUCCCUGUACAAAUCCCAGCAGACCUUGCCUUGUCUCUGGCUAAGAUUGUCGAGAACUCCAUGGGUGGAUCCUCAGGGGCGCUUUACAGUUUAUUCUUGACAUCUGCUUCACUCUGUCUCCAAUCUUCUGUAACCCCUAAGGACUGGGUCUGUGCUUUAACUAACGGGAACAACACAGUCAUGAAGUACGGAGGAGCUGAGCCAGGAGAUAGAACAAUGGUGGACUCAUUAGUAGCUGCUGGCACUACACUGUCAGAGAAAAUAUUAUCGUCCACACCUGUUCAAGCUUUAGAGGCAGCAGUACAGGCAGCAGAAAAAGCCACCCAGGCCACUGCUGAAAUGAAAGCCAAGGCCGGAAGGGCAAGCUAUGUGAGUGCAGAAAGGUUAAGGAGUCCAGACCCAGGGGCUGUUUCUGUUACUUAUUGGAUGAAAGCAGUGUUAGAGGUCCUCAAAACAGCAUAAAACACAGAUAAAGAGGUCCUCAAAGCAGCAUAAAACACAGAUAAAGAGGUCCUCAAAACAGCAUAAAACACAGAUAAAGAGGUCCUCAAAACAGCAUAAAACACAUAUAAAGAGGUCCUCAAAACAGCACAAAACACAGAGAAAUUACAAUCUGAUCCAUAUGGCUUUUAAUCCUGGACUACCAAAUAGUGCAUUUUAUCCUAGGAAGAUUCCAUACUAAAUUAUUUUGACUUUUAAGCUUUGUUUUUUAAUAAAAUGGAUCGUUGAAUUCCAUAUUGUACUUGAAUUACAGUCAAGUUUAUAAUUUUGAGAAUUUUAACUGUAAAUUCGGAAUUUUUUUUAGGUGCUUGGGUAAGUUCAAGAUAUUAAUUUUGGUGUAAAUUAUACCUAGAAUAUACAGGAUUAUUAUGAUUACUGUUGAAUGGCAUUUGAUUUACUAAGUACAUUUGUAUGAUAAAAUAUUAAUGUACAAAUUAUUGAUUUAUAUUGAUUAUAUGAUAUUAAAUACCGGUAUGUCCGUGUUUCAAGAUUUGCCAUGCGCACAGGACAUUGUUUUAUAUAUAUGAGGGUAAAAAACCCUGUGAUAUUUUCAGUGAUGGCAAAUUAUUAAAUCUAUAUUUAUAACUUAAA